UGCCGGGCGGGAAAGUUCGUCCAUUCUCAUGCCUGGUGAUGGUAGAAGUGAGUUGACUGGCGUGUUUUGUGUUAUCAUUUUCAUCAAUAUGUUAUCAUUCAAUGGAUAAUAAUUAAUCGUGUUGUGUGAGCUUGGAUUUUAUAGUGAAUAGAAAUCGUAAAGGAAUAACUGUUUCAAUCGGAUCUGAUAAAAGGUGUUCGAAAUGUGUUAUGUCAUCGUGACGUCAAGGACACUUCUAUGGACGCUCUUGACGAUAGCUACAACAUUAGCCAUGUUGGCCGCCGUAGUUACACCAACAUGGCUGAUAGGAGCUCCGAGGAGGCCGGGACUGAAGGCUAGAGUAGAAACAGCAGAGAGAGAAAUUUAUUCACCAUCUCUAGGUAUUUAUAAUCGAUGUAUCAAAAUCCACGAGAUCAAUCGCAUGUAUACAGACAACUGUGCCCCUUUCGUCACAAGUUUCGGUAUGCCCUCGGAGCAGUUUCCAAAUUUCUGGAAGGCCUCCCUCAUCUUCUUCGGGUGCGGACUCUCCCUCAUGAUCUUCACACUCCUCACCUCCAUCAUGGGAUGCUGUUUCAGGAGCAUCAUGAAGAAGAGCAUCUUCACCAUAUCAGGCACCAUACAAGCCAUUGCAGGGCUGUUUUAUAUUCUUGGUCUGAUUCUGUAUCCAGCUGGCUGGAGUAGCAGGAGAGUACAUUUGAUCUGCGGUGAUAAAUCUGAACCUUUCUGGCCUGGAGACUGCACAUUAGGUCUAGCCUUCUACCUUGCCAUAGGGAGCACCAUUGUUACCUUCAUCUGUUCUGUAUUAUCUGUGCAAGCAGAGGUUUCAACAUCGACUGACAAAGUUCAAGACGAAAUUCUGGAGGGAAAGACACUAAUCUGCCUUCUUUAAUGAGGUGUCAAUUAAUAUUUGAGUUCGGAGUUGAAGUUUACGAAACAUUUUGUUUUCAGUGCUCUGAAAUAAAAUACUUUGAGAGAG